GCCGUUUCCUCCGUCCUCCCCUCUCCCGUGCGGCCGUGCCUUCCUUCUUUCCCGUCCGCGUCGCCUUCCGAAACGGAGCUUGAAGGCGACGGUAAUGGCGACGGCGGUGAAGAAGAGGCCCCGGAUCAGCAGCGCAGCGGGGAGGAGGCCAAGUAGAAAGGAGGUAUUGGAGAGGAAGAAGGCAAUCGAUGAACUUAUAAGGAAAGCUAUAGCUGUGAAGGACCAUCUAGUGCAAUUCCCUGCCUUUCAUAAAUUUCAGGGAAAUGGCCUUUCAGUCUACUUGGAGUCUGGACAUGGGGAUCAACUUACACUACCGGUGAGGAAGUACAUCCAAAAUCUUCUAAAGGUUAAUAUGGAGGAGCCCUAUGGACCGGAAUGGCCAUCAGAAGAGAAAGUUAAGCGCCAGGAAAUGGUGGCCCCAGAAGCGCGAUAUAUCUUUAUCAAGCAAUAUUCAAAUGGGUUUACUACUGAAUGUUCCAUGAAUCAAGAUGCAGGGGUGGAACAUAUGCACACACCAUGUAAUGAAGGCCACUUGGUUGGUUUUGUACACUAUAGGUUUGUUUUGGAAGAGGAGCUACCUGUUGUUUAUGUGUAUGAGCUACAAAUGGAGCCUUCUGCCCAGGGUAAGGGGCUGGGAAAGUUUUUGAUGCAAUUGAUUGAACAGAUAGCUUGCAAGAACCAAAUGGGAGCUGUGAUGCUAACAGUUCAGAAAGCUAACACACAAGCUAUGGCUUUUUAUACUAAGUUGAGAUAUGUAAUAUCUAGUACCUCACCAUCACGAGUGGAUCCUCAGAUAGGACUUGAAAAAAGCUAUGAGAUAUUGUGCAAGACAUUUGACUGUGAAGCUAAGUCCAAAUUAGAGGAUGGCGACGAAGAGCUCUGAAGUCAAAAGUCUCAGGAACAGGAAGGGCGUGAUCUGUAGUUAAGGCACAAGUUUACACGUCAUAUUGUCAUGCGGCCCUGUUACUGCAAUUAAAUUCAGUGUGAUGCCCUUGGCCGAGUUCACAACUUCCAUCCUAUUUGCCGGUAUCUUUUUUUGGGGGGCAAUGGAUACAUUAUUUGGUAGCGAAUUGUGUCCAGCUGGAUGCUUAACAGUUAACAUCUCUGCUCAACUUGCUGGAAGCUUGAAGGGCCCUAUCUUAAGAAAGUUACAAGAUGAAAUACAUGCAAUGUGCUAACUAACAGAGUAAUAGUUACAAUGAAUCUAUGCGACUAAAAUUACAUGAGGUGUUAGCAUAUAAUUUUCUUCUAAAAACUCUCUCUCUGUAUUUUUAUGUGCUCCAAACAUGGCCGUCGUAUUGGGUGGUUUAAUACUACUAUGUUGGUAUA